AUGUCGGCUCGUGGCGGGUCAGACCGCAACCAGAAGCGGCGUGGGCUGCGCAAGAUCAAGUUCUACUGCCAGAUGUGCGAGAAGGAGUGCUCGGAUCGCAACGGGUUUGAAGCGCACUCGCGGUCGGCAGGGCAUCUGGCCAAGAUGGAGCUGUUUGCCGCCAAUCCGGAAAAGUAUCUCGCCAUGUUCUCGGACCAGUUUGAGGCCGACUUUAUGGAGCUGGUCAAGUCGCGCCAUCGCGGACGCAAGGUCCUUGUCAACUACGUCCACAACGAAUAUGUGCAGGACAGAUCGCACGUGAGGCUCAACGGAACUCGGUGGAAGACUCUCGACGAGUUUGCCCAGCACCUGAGCAGCAAGGGCAUUGUCGAGCUCUCCUACGACGACGACGGCAACCCGUACAUCAAGUACAUCGACGUCGCUGUGCUCUCGGCCCGCGAGAAGCACGCCGAAAAGGAGCGCAAGCGCAAGGCUCGCGUCGCCGCCAAGCUUGAAGACCAGCGCCGCUCCGCCAUGGAGGCAUCCGUUGCCGCUGCACGCGCCGCCGGCUCGCUUGCCGGCCCAGUCCUCGAGCUCGCUCGCCCGCCGGACUCGGACACCAUCUCGGUCGCGCUCCCAGCAAAGGCUGCGCAGCCUGCGCCGUUGCGUGGCCCGGCUGCGGCUCUCGAUCCACUUCAGCCGCCUGCACCACUUCGUACCGCUCCGGCUACGCUACCAUCGGCGCGUCUCCCGGCCCACCCCAAACCGCUCUCCAACGUGGAGCGCAUUCUGCAGGAAACUCGGGCGCGCGAGGCGCGCGACGCUGCUCGCGCGACCUGGGCUGUUCCAGGCGCCGUAGUCCGCAUCCUCGACGCCUCGCUCGACUCGCUGUUCAAGGCCAAGGCCGUUGUUGUCUCGCGCCACGCCUCGCCGCGCCAUCUCGUGGCCGUCGCCGUCGUCGGCACCCCGCCUGCCGAUCGCGUUCUCGUCGACAUCGACGAGGCUCUCCUCCGUCCGGUCCUCCCGCCCAUCGGCAAGCCCGUCGUAGUUGUCCGCGGCGAGCACGCCGGCGAGCGCGGCGUCCUCGUCGACCAUAUGCCCUCCGACAAGUCGCUUGCUGUCCGACUCGACGCCACAGGCAUAACUGUCCGCGGCCUCGGCUAUGCGGCGGUGUGUAAGGUCCGCGCUCGUGGCUGA